AACCGUCACCGAGGUCUUUUUCUCGCCGCAUCCUCGCGCACCCCACGUUCGUUCUCCCUCCCUGUCCUUGCACAUCCCAACCCUACCCUCUUCCUUCGUCCUAAUCCACCACAAUGCGCUCUGUUGCCGUCCUCUUCGCCCUCGCCACCUCGGCUCUCGCCUACUCCGUCUCGGAGCCCACCAACAGCACUGGAUGGACGACCAGCGGCCCCAACGAGGUCUCCUGGUCUAAGGUUGACACCGACGCCGCCAACUUCACCAUUGUGCUCGUCAACCAGGCCAGCUUCCCCCCGACCAGCCAGGUCCUAGACGCGCUCGUUGUCGGAACCCUCGGCAAGGUUACCGUGAACCCUCCCAGCGGUGGCUGGAAGGCCGGCACUGGCUUCCAGGUCAACCUCGUUAAGGACACCGACAACCUGAACACGAUCCUCGCUCAGUCUGAGCAGUUCACCAUCAAGAGCUCGUCUUCGUCCACUUUCUCUUCGGCGGCCUCUGGCACCGUCACCGCUGGCAGCGGGACUUUGACCGUCCCUGCCGCUUCGACUACCGGAGCUACCACCGGCGGUUCUUCUGCUACCGACAGCACGGACGCCCUCAACCCCACCAGCUCCGACACCUCCACGUCCCCCACGGGCAGCAACGGUGCCGCCCAGUCGAUGGGCAUGCAGGCUGGUGUCUUCGCCGGCCUGGCCCUCCUCGGCGCCUUCCUUGCUUAAACGAGGGAGCUUCUGAAUCGAAUCGUCCUUCUUGGCCCGAUUUCUACGCUCCUCUAUUCACUCUGAGGUUGGACGUUGGCAUAUCGUAUGGUUGGACUAUCUCCUAGAUAGACAUACUAUACAGAUCGGUAACUACAGAUGGGGUUGUUGAAACAGUGUUGGUAGCGUCUCUCGCUGUUUAUCACAACGCGCCUUGAUAAAACACUGCGCUCCUGUGCCCACACGACGAAUU